GGUGGCAAGUUCGUGGUAAGUCAGUUUAGUUUUGAAGACAACAGCUCGAUUAACAUACAUUAUCCAAGCAAAAUGUUCCGUAAUAUAUUUAUACUUGCUUUAGUCGCUUUGGCAGUAGUUACUCUGCCGAUAAACGCAGAUGAAACAGAAGACGUGCGAAAUAUUAUCGAACAGAUAAAAGCUUUGAAAACCAAUAAAAACGUGGAUGAAAUUCUGAGAGUCGAGAGACUGAUCAAGGAGUUGGGAUCAGAGGCAAGCUCAAGUAGUUCAAAAUCCAAAAAGUCUUCAGCUAUAUCCAAAGUGCUUGGAGCCAUACGAAAUCUGGCGAAUAAUAAAAACUCUGGAGCAAUCCGCCAGAUCGAACGAGAUAUCAUGAAUUUGAGUAAUUAAUAACUGAAAGUCACAUUUUAUUGUCAAAUAUACCGAGUUUGGUAACGAUCCGAACCAAUUCUAGUGUUAUUUCAAUACAAAAUAAAAACAGUCUUGGAUACAUUCAAAAAUACAGUUUAUUGAACAAUUUA